GGAUUGGAACCCAUUAUUCGUUUAAUAGUAUCAUCAAGUAUUUUAAACCAGUGUUAGCAAACAUAUCAAUUGAUUUUGAAAUUAAAAGUUAUAAUUUGCUACCAUUAGAUAAUUUACUAAAUUAUUAUGAAAAACUUGAAGAAUUUAUUAAUGAACUUAAUUACACUGGGGACAUAGAAGCUG